UGGAGCUGGAGGGGCGGAGAGAGAUGAUUUGGACCUUGCAGCAUCUCUCUGCACCUUCUCCCUGAAAGCUUCUCGCAGCUGCCAGGACCUGGCACAUUCAUUCAAGCCAAGUUUGGGAGCAGAAUGUACAUCUCAAUCAAUUGAACAGGCGAUAUGGAGCCGGACUCAGUCAAGUGGGUUGGAUCUCCGUGCGGUUUACAUGGUGCCUACAUUUUCUACAAAGCUUUCAAAUUCAGUCUUGAAGGCAGACCACGAAUCCUCUCCCUCGGAGACUUUUUCUUUGUAAGAUGUAAGCCAGGAGCUCCGAUUUGCAUAGCAGAACUCCAACUGUUAUGGGAAGAGAGAAACAACAAGCAACUUCUAUCGAGUUCCAAACUCUACUUUCUCCCAGAAGAUACACCCAAGGGCAGGUCGAUCGGCCACGGAGAGGAUGAAGUUGUGGCUGUAUCGGAGAAAGUCGUUGUGAAGUUGGAUGACCUGAUGAAAUGGGCGUGCUCAGAUUUCGGCACAUGGACACGAGGCCUGGGGGCUGUGUCACUGAAACCGUCGAUGAGAAAGGAACUGGGUGUGAAUGGACAAAAAGAAGCCUUGAAUCAGUAUCGGCAUUGCACCCUGAACAGUGGCCUCAAUUUCAAGGAUGUGUUAAAAGAAAAGGCUGAUCUUGAUGCUGACGAUGCUGAUGAUGAUGGUGGUGAUGUUGAUGGCACCAAAAUCAUUGUCCUCAGCUACCCACAGUACUGCCGCUAUCGGACUAUGCUGAAGAGAAUUCAAAACCGAUCGUCGUCUUGGCUGGUCAAUGAGUUUGUAAUGGCCCUGGGUGGCAUUGCAAUAUUAAACGGAAGUACCCGGAUCCUCUACUGCCGUGACACAUUUGAUCAUCCGACUCUGAUCGAAAACGAGAGCGUUUGUGAUGAGUUUGCACCAAAUCUCAAAGGGCGCCCACGGAAGAAGAAACCUCCCUCCCAGAAGCGGGACACCCAAGCUCUGAAUGGCCUGAGAGAUUCCAACGAGGAUUCGGAUGGAAAAGCCAGUGCCAAAGCAAAAUGUGAGCCCAAAGCCACGAUGGUGAAACCCAAGAAUAACGGCAGCAACUGCAAAAAUCUCCCGGCGGAUGAGAAAUCCGAGGUUGCAGCUGAUGAAGAAUGCAGAGCUGAGGAGCAAACGUUCCUCGUCACACUUUACAAAUACAUGAAGGAACGAAAUACGCCAAUAGAACGGAUACCGUACCUCGGAUUUAAACAGAUUAACCUUUGGACCAUGUUUCAAGCAGCUCAAACUCUUGGAGGAUAUGAAGCGAUAACUGCUCGUCGACAGUGGAAGCAGAUAUAUGAUGAAUUGGGAGGCAAUCCUGGCAGUACCAGUGCAGCAACGUGUACUCGCAGGCAUUAUGAAAGGCUGAUCUUGCCAUAUGAAAGAUAUAUCAAAGGGGAGGAGGACAAGCCUUUGCCUCCAGUCAAGCCUCGGAAGCAAGAGAGCAGCCCUCCUGAGAGCGAGAGCAAGGUGAGGGCAGCUGCAACCAAACGGAAGACAGAACCAAAUCGGAAAGUGAAAAGAGAACGAGACGUUGUUCAGAAAGUGAAAGAGUGUUCUGAGGCAAUUGCAGCCACAGAGAGCAGCCAAGAGAUGGACAAAUGGAGAGCAGACAUGGCCUUGCCAAGGGAUGGAGUGGUAACACAGACUGAGACUGGAGAGAAGGACCAGGAUAGGUGUGAUAUCUCCGAAGGUUCAGACAGCAGAGGGACCCAAGCCAAGGACAAAGUCAGCAAGGCAAACGGUGACCAGUCAAACAGAAAGGAGGCUGAUCUGCUAUCUUUGCACAAGGGCCUUACAGCCCAUUUGAUAGAAGUGACAGCACAGAGCCAGGCAGAAAGCAAGGCCAGCUUGGCAUCCUGUCAGAAUCGCGAGUCGCCACAACAGCCAAUGGACAGGCCGGCAAACGACGUCCAGGAGAAAGUUGCUGGAGCGGUAGCCAUGGCGGAGAAAGAUACAGAGAAAGGAUACCUAUCUGAUCAGGGUUCGAACGCGCUGUCGCCAGGAGCUGCCAACAGCUCCACUCAUUCUGAACAGUCACCUAAGGACGAGCUUGAGAAUUGGGCGGGGGGCAUCCAAUCAGAGAGCAUCCAGAGAAUGCCACCUGGGCAGGUGGGGAAGGGUAACACGAAUCCUUUGCCUGGACCCCUCAAAGAUAAGGAGGAGCUGCUUGUUACAACAAAAGCUGAGGCUUGCCCCAGCUACCUGCCCCUGGUCUACUCCAGGGGUCACCCUGGCAUCAUGUCACCACUCGCCAAGAAGAAAUUCUUGUCUCAGGUCAGUGGGUGUUUGCCCAAUAACAAUCCAAUUGGAGCCCCACCUCCGCUGAUUAGUACUAAAAAAUGUGGUGAGGAUGGUGAAGAAAUGGUUACAGCGGAGAGUAAUUUUUUACAAGGCUCCACGCCAGAACAGUUGGCGAUCAAUCGACCUUCUGUGAUUCAACAUGCACAUAGUUUUCAAAAGAGAAAUGCUGAUGAGCGAGGGGAGGCAUUGAAACAUGAUGGUUUGAAUAAAUUGUCUGAUUCUGAGGCAGCUUAUCUUUCAAAGCAUCACCUUAAUUGCUCAGAAUCAUUCAAAAGCUGCGCUUCUUACCCUUUCACCUCUGAGACUAUAGACAAUGAAAAUAGAGGUUCUGAGAAGAAAGGUUGCCAACCAUCGCAAGUGUCAAGUUUUCUAGCAGACUUCUACUCCUCCCCCCACCUACACAAUCUUUACAGACACACAGAACAUCAUCUUGUUAAUGACCACACAUCAAAAUACCUGAACACGGUCAUGAAGGAUAAAAGUUCUUCGUUUGUGCAGAAUAAAAACCAGGAUGCUGUCUAUUUAAGGCAUCUUUCAACACUGCACCGGUCAGAAAAGAAAUGUGCAGUGAAACCUCCUACAGAGGAGCAGCCCACUGACUUGAGUCUUCCAAAGUUAAAGAAAACGCUACCCAAGAGCUCAUCAAACAGUGCCAUUCGUUUACCAUCGCCACUAGACAUCAAGAGCACAACAGCAAGUACACAGCCAGCCCACACUGACUGCAAUCCCAAAGCUUGCCGUGUCCCUCCAAUGCCAAUACCGACCAGCACCAACAGUGGCGAAGUUGCCCUGCCCCCCUCAACAAAGUUGGAGGAAGCGGUCAGACCGGCAAUCAGCUCCAAAGGAGGUUCACAGAUCAUUGGAAGCUCUAAACCCAUGAAGAGGAACCGAGAGGGCAUGGACAAUGGCAGCAGCCAGAGCCCAGACAAAAAACUCCGGGCUGUCUCCCCCAUGCCACUGGCAAAGGAGCUGGCCUUGAAGGAAAAGCCAUCUGACUUGGAAGGGGAGAGCAGCAAAAACCAAGGUCCCGGGAUUAUCCUAGAGGGCCACAAGUUUCCAUUGCCAACUCCGAUAUUCCCAGGCGUGUAUCCUGGAGCCUUUGUAUCUCAGGUUCAAGAUAUGUGCGAUGGCCUGGGCUCAGCAUUUCCAGUUGACUAUGCCCAUCCCUUACAAUACUUGAAGAAUCAGGCUGUGCUGUCUCCACUCAUGCAACCAUUGGCCAUCCAUUCCUUCAUGAUUCCGGCGAUGCAGAGACAGAUCCUUGCUUCAACCGGUGCCUCCCCACAACUGUAUAGACAUCUAUCCGCAGCUGCUGCCCCAGUCGCAGCGUCGUAUGGAGAUCUUUUGCACCAUAGCCUUUAUCCUUUAGCUUCUCUGAAUCCACAGGUCGCCUAUUCCACAUCACCAAUAUCUUCUCUACAUCCCAGCACAAAAUUAUAAGCAUUUUAAUUCUGUGAACAUUUCAUGAAAUCAAGAUGUAGCGUAACAGCCUGAUGUUUAAUGUUACAUCGUAAGACUUUGUGAUUGCAAGCUACCAGCAACUGGUUUAUGUAUUUCUUGCAUUCACUUUGAGAUGUCCUUUUCAUCUACAAAUUAAGAUUUGUGGGUUUUUUUAUUACAUUGAAUGCAAAGUAAUUUGUUCUUGUACAUAGAAAUUCUUCUGGCUGCAGCCUAACACUAUCACUUGCAAUAUCGACAUGUUAAAAGGCUGUAAAUAUUCACUACAAACAUUUACAUCUAAAUUAAUUUAUGCAACUGUAGUCAAGUUUUACUUCCAGCUUAUGUUGUUUUGGUGUGCGUUUCUCACAGUCUCGGUUGAUGGAUGUGUUGAAUAUUGUGUUCUUGUUCCAGAACAGGAUAGCUGUAAUAACUACAGGAAGUUCUCUGCAGCUGUAAAUGUCUGUUUGGAUUCUUUUGAAUCCUUUCCGUAGAACGCAUAUGUGGUGGUUAAUUUCUGUACUAUGUAAUAGUGCACCACUGGGCUUUUUUGUUUGCUGACUUUUUUUGGACAUAAUUACUGCUCUUGCAGUUGUUAGGAGCUUGACUUUCACCGAUUUAAAAGCAGAAUCAUUUACAAAGAAUAAAAUAACUGUAACUCAAGAAACCCUUGCCAAGCUUUAAUAUUUCAAAAUACAUGUAAAUACUCAAUAGUUUUCAUACUUUCAAUGUGAUCCCUGGCUUCAAACCCACUGCUGUUAAACCGCGACUAAGCUCGCAAGCUAAAGAUUUGUAUAUAAGAUAUGCUAGCUGUAGUUGCUACAUUGCAGGAACAAAAAAAACUGAUAAUUUUAUAUUUAGAUCUUGUCUGCCUUGCAUUUAAGGUCACAAAAGUAUAGCUGCAAGGGUUCUUUCUGUGGUUCCGCAUAAUGUUUUGUCAAUCAAAUGUUUGAACCGUUAGUCUCUUUAAUGUAAACAAGGCAGAUUUUGAAAAGAAGCAAAAGUGAAGCUAAAUAACAAAAUGAAGAAAAACAAGAUUCCACUUUGGCAUUGGCAAGCAUUCUGCUGGUUUUCUAAUAAAGCCCCUUCAGUCUAUUCCCCUUGUCUCUGCAGCUGUUGGUGAAGCUUUAAUAAGAUUUGUGUUGAAAUGCAGUUCUGGCUCUUUGUUCAACUCCCGUGCUUGGCUCAAUCUGCAGCAGCCUUUUGGAGCUUGGAAAUUUUCACUUUAUGUUUAAAAGUGCCGUCAUGCUAAGCAAGUUAAACAUAGGCAAAAUACUUUCAAAGAAAGUCUUUCUUAAACUUAUUAGAACAUUUGCUUCAAGAGAACUUGACAUUUGGUUACAAUAAUUUCCUUUCAGUUCCACACUAAACAUGUUUAACUGAUGCCUCAGUAUUGCAUGUGGCCUUCUGGCAACUCCACUGCAACAUCAAGAACUAACUGUGCCUUUUCAUUUCAACAACACAUUAAAACUUCAGUACUUAACUGCACAUGUUUGUCAAUGGUAUACCGUGGUCACAUCUGGUCUAGCUUUGCAAAGAGCAUUAUGAUCAUAAGUAUUGUGAAAUCAGGAUAUAUUAUUUUUGUUGGUUUCCAUGCUCAUAAUGAUUAUAAUGGGCACUUACGAGAUUGUUUGUCUGAUUGUGGCUAUAUUAGUUACAGAGAAUGUUGUUCUCAAAUGGUCGUUUUAUUCAGCAAGACACAUUGCUUAAAUAUUUUCAGUCUGUAUCUUAUCAGCAAGAUGUUUAUACUGACAUGUUCUUAUUAUAAAACUUGUAAUUUGUAAAUACCGAACACAUUUUCUUCUUGCAUUUUUUUGUUUUGUUCUAUAGCACAUUUUCAUGUAUUGUGAUUUGUACAUAGUAAACGUGAAGACUAGUAACAUUAAGAUGGAUCCUGAUAGUUUAAGGUUAUUGAGUAACCUUACGUUAGGUUCAAACUUUAAAUCUAAUGUUACUGAGCCAAAUGUAAACACUAAGUUUUGUUUUUGUAUGUUCUCAAAGUGUACUUGGCAAAUGCUUUUGAUACUUUGUGCCAAUAGUUUAUCAAUCACAUAGCUGGCAAAAUAUUUUGUACUUUCUG